GCUGAGAGCUGUCGGGGGCUGUUGCUGAGAGCUGUCGGGGGCUGUUGCUGAGAGCUGUCGGGGGCUGUUGUUGAGAGCUGUCGGGAGCUGUUCUUUCAGCACCACGGAGAGGAACUUUGCGAACGCUCGGAAACAGCAGCAGCGGCUGAGCUGACGGGAGCUGUUCCUUCAGCACCACGGCCGGGAGUUCUAGGGCAGGAUCUGCUUCACUGUGAUAAGAAAGUACAUUCCAGCGCUCCAGCUGCCUGGGGUGUUUAACCGGCUGAUUAAAACAUCGGAUAUGGCUGGGCUGGAGGGAAAGCUUUAGGGCGGACAGUAUUAGCCCAAGGUCACAUCCUAGGGGGGCUCAUUGCUUCCAAAUAUAAUUAUUCCCCAUUUGCCCUGAAGUGUUCAUGUGAUUUUCCCUUUUUCAUCAUCAACAACUAUGAGGGAGUCUUGAAAGCUGAGCCCCAGCGGAUGCCUAGCCUAUCGCAGGGGGGACAGAGCCCACCCAAUGUUCCUCUAUAGCUGUAGGCUCUACUACAAUGCUCCAGUAUGAGGAUGUGUGAAAGAGGUGUUCAGAUGUUAAUCACCACCGUGGGGGCCUUUGCAGCUUUCAGUCUGAUGACCAUCGCAGUGGGCACCGACUAUUGGCUCUACUCCCGGGGGGUCUGCAAGGCCAAGUCCACCAAUGACAAUGAGACCAGCAAGAAGAAUGAAGAGGUCAUGACCCACUCAGGUCUAUGGAGAACCUGUUGCCUUGAAGGAGCCUUCCGCGGGAUGUGCAAGAAAAUUGAUCAUUUCCCGGAGGACGCAGAUUAUGAACAGGACACGGCGGAAUAUUUACUGCGUGCUGUCCGGGCUUCCAGUAUCUUCCCCAUCCUCAGUGUGGGCCUCCUGUUCUUCGGUGGUCUCUGUGUUGCUGCCAGCGAGUUCUAUAAGAACAAGCACAAUGUUAUUCUCAGUGCCGGAAUCUUCUUCGUUUCAGCAGGCUUGAGCAACAUCAUUGGGAUCAUCGUUUACAUCUCGGCCAAUGCAGGAGACCCCGGGCAGAGUGAUUCCAAGAAGAGCAACUAUUCCUAUGGCUGGUCCUUCUAUUUCGGUGCCCUGUCGUUCAUCAUCGCUGAGAUGGUGGGGGUGUUGGCCGUGCACAUGUUUAUAGAGAAGCACCGGCAAAUCCGAGCCAAAUCCCACUCUGACCUGUUCAAGAAAUCUGCCUUUUCCCGAAUCCCCAGUUACCGAUAUCGAUUCCGCAGGCGUUCCAGCUCCCGAUCCACCGAACCUAGAUCCAGGGACCCGUCCCCUGUGGGCAAAAGUUUCAACCCCAUUCCCACUAGUGACAUUUCCCUUUACACAUUGACCUCCCGUGACCCCACCAAGGUGACUGUGGGUUCCCUGUUAAAUUCAGAUAGAGAACACAACUUCCUGCAGGUCCACAACUCACUAUCCAAGGAUUACAAAGAUUCUCUCCACAAUAACCCUUCCAAUAGGCGCACCACCCCUGUCUGAUGGGGCUUCUCACUCAAGGAAGAGCCAUAGAAGAGCCAGGGAGGACAACGGAAUAGCACCUACCCAAGUCCAUCACAUGUAUGGUCUUCUCCACUCCACCUCUUGAGAAGAGGAGGACAAUGCUAAACGUCCACCAUUAACAUUCUUAUACGGACAUCUGUGAAAUUGUAUUAGACCACAUUGUGGACCACAUUAGACCACAUGAAAGGGCAUUUAGGUAGGAAGAAUGAUUAACUUUAGUAGGUGCCAGUGUCCGGAGCUAUGGAAGUUCUUUUGGUCUACAUAAAGGAUGCAAGUAGGAGAAUGGUUUAUGUUUAUAAUGGAUCAUUAGCAAAUUUCUUUAUCUAGUUGAGUAGCAUAUAUCUAAAUCUGUCCCUAAAUAUUAUUUAAUUCAUAUGUGGGUACUUUCAGGAGCACUUUUAGACUUUUCCAAAAUCCCUGUCCUCAGCAAUUACCUAUUUGUAGGAAGGGGGCCGGGGGACGUGAUUGGUAGUACAGAGAGUCCGCCAAGAAUAGAAUUCUACCCUUGGUAAUGUGGCCCCGGAGGUGAGACACCUACCCUGCCUAGUAACAGAAGGGCCCCAGCUAUGAGUCUGAAAACCUGGACUGAAUUCACAAUUACAGUACAGGUAUAGGAUGUUAUCCAGAAUGCUCUGGACCAAGGGUGUUCCAGAAAAGGGGUCU